CUCAGAUCUUCCUAAAAAGCCCUCACCGACCACAGCAUCCCGAGCUCCUCACUUAUUCUCAACCUUCCACACGCCGAUACCGAUCGACAUGCGCCACCACGAGGGGAGGUACCAUUAUGAUCCACAUCCUCUGCACCCCAUGCAUGGGUAAGUUUGUUAGCCUCUUCAACAUUCAUUUUCCUCUCUUUGCACUGAUGGAAUCAUCAUUAAUCAAGAAACAACCUGUUGAGUCAUCUUCAAUAUAAAGCACACAGAUUCAGAGCAUGCCGUUGUCAGGUCUCGUCCAGUACAUCUGUUUGUCUUCUGACAGAAAAAUUUGUUCAGCUUUAGCUGUAGAUGUGCAGCACAUGGAGAGCCAAUGUCCAAAUAGUGAGAAACAAAUGCCAAUGAUUGUGUUUAGUACAAAGCUGAUGGCAUGUUAGCAUCUCAUCCUUGUAGUAUUUUAUAGUUUUGGACAACAUCUGUAAGUCUGACAUUUACUGAAACGGUUUUGGCAGGUUUUGUCUUUUAAACCUGGAAAUAAUAAGAAAGUCCUAGGAUGUAAAAAAAAAAAAAAAAAAAAAGAAAACUACACAUAGUGAAAGAGACAAGCCAAAAAAUAAGAAAUUUCUGGUCAGUUUUUAUGUUGAUCAUGUUUGUAAUAGGAAAAAAAUAUAAAUUUUAUUUUAAUAUUAUAUAUAAAAUAGAAAAUAUGAUCAUUUUCAUAUAUACAAAGACUAACAUCAGUACAACUGUGCAUUUGCAUUUAAAAUCACGGAUUGGAUAGCGAUACAUACUGUGAGCCCAGCGACACAAGAGCAAUUUAUCACAAGAGCCGAAAUGGUCCGAAAAAGAGAAUUCCUGCCGUCUCUAUGUGUACUCUGGCUACUUUGAUUAAUGUGACUUGGCCUUGACAGAGGCCCCCUAAUUCAUCAGGACCUUGAUUUAGCUGUCCUUUUCACUGCCUGUGUCCAAUUCACCUAAUUACAUGUAUAUUGCACAGCAAAUUAAGCACAGUGUUAUCUUUUUUGGAAGUGUAUGGCAAGGGUCUGAUUUAAGGAUCGGACCCUAUAGAAUGAUUCAUGAUACAUAGGUUUUAUGUUACCACUUAGGAUAGACAUCUUUGCUACAUGUAAAAUGAGUUGUAAGAGGUUUUCAAAGGUAAAUAUUUGCAAAAAAUACCUCUGCAUCGGUGGUAGUGUUUUUUCCGUGUUUCUUUCAGUAUGUAGGUAGCGACUCACUUUAGAAGCGAGUCAUUCAUUCAACCCUUUUGUUCAAACACACUGACUCAUUCUCUUAAAAAGUAAUUAAUUGAAUGAUUCUCUUAACCAGUUUGUUCAGUCAAACUGAUUGACUGAAGACAGAAACAAGUUACUGUCUUAAAGAGUGAUUAAUUGAAUUAUUCUCUUAACCGAUUUGUUCAAACACUGAUUCAUUCAUAACAAAAACAAGUGACUUUCUUGAAGAGUGAUUUAAUUGAAUUAUUCUCUUAACUGAUACGUUCAAACACACUGAUUCACCGUUACAGGAUUAUUGCAAUGUGUUGCUUGGAGACGUAGGUGGAACACAAAUACAAUGCCUGGAUUUUUUUCUAAAAUUAACUUCAUAAUUUAUUGAAUUGUCGUAUAACAGUGGCAAUUGUUUGACUUGUGACCUGCAGAUUAAAAUAGCGGUUUCUGUAUAUUCAAAUAUGCUCAAACACAUUUUCCAAAGAACCUUCCAUAGCAAUCAAACCUCUCCCCACAAGCACAAAUAGGAAAGAGUUAACAAAUCUUGAAGAUGAAUGUCUAAAUGUUUGUAGAGUAUUUCAGCAUGUAAACAGAGCAAUUAGCAUCCAGAAUUUAGCUUUCCUUUCCCAGAACCUCAAUGACAGCAGAGUGAAUGAGAAAAACACAUCCUCCCUUAUUCACUCACUAGCAUUUUUCUUUUUAGAAAACAAUUUCAGAUUGCAGUGGUAUCGAGAACCACCCAACAUUUUUUUUCAAACCAACGUACUAACAGAAGUUGUCCAACUUAAUUGGUGUUUCUGUUGAGUGAGGGGAAUUUUUGCACAUAUCUUUUGGUUUAUGUGUUGGUAAUUGAGAUUUUACACUCACGCUUGGUUCAUAGGUUUGCAUAUUUAAGUUAAUACAUGUUUGUAAGGUUUGGACAUGCAGUACCAACUGGAGAGCAUGCCUCAAGUUCGGAAAAGGUUCCCACGACUUCCAGUGGCAGUUAACUGCAGUCUCUGUGGGAUAUGAUGUGAUUCAUCUAAAUCAAAACACCUGACCAGGAACACUGUUAAGAUGUGUCAUACUGAUAUUCUCUCUGGAGUCAGCAGGGAAUAUGCAUAUUCUGGAUGUUUCCACAGAAACUGCUUAAUGAAAGCACAUAUUAAAAAGUUUCAAUUUCAAAUGGAGUUAUUGUGUUGUGUUACUAUGGGCAGUUACCACCCAUGGUGCAACGAUGGAAGACUGCUAAAAUGACAGGUAGCUAUUAAGAAGAAGCUCUCUAAAUGCACCAUGACAUACCCUGUCUAUGACUAAGGUAUCUUUAACCGUUCAAGUACCAUCUUGUCAGAGAGAGGGCGUAACAACAAGACCUCAGUUAUCAUUCUUGUCAGUAGGGGCCCACUUUUUCUUAUCCCUUGACAGGUAAAGUUGUAAAUAAUGGCUUAUUAUUGAGGGUUCAAACACCCUGAGCAGUUUUCCUGAUUUAUUUAUACGUUGACAUGUUGUCUUGUCAAUUUUGACUGUCUGGCAAUCACUGAGAAAUGUGGGAAUGUACCCAAAACUGGGUUAAUUAUGUUUUUGUAUACUUAGGAGUUGUCGCUUGCUGUUGUUGACAUACUUUCCAAUAGUAGUACAAUUAUGGUGGGAAAUGCUUCAAAACCAUUGUAAAUAUUAUUGCAUUAUAAAUGAAUGUUUUGUUUUUAAUUAACAAUUUUUAAUUGACAUCUGUUGAUCUUCAGAUUGGGACACUGAAACAAGUGGUCACUAUAAUUACAACCGUGCUGACAUUUUCUGUGGCGAUGCCAUCUGUUGUGAUACUCUUGUCAGUGGUCAAGAUGGCAACCAAAAGCACAUGCUUGUAUGGCCGCAGAUAACACAUCUUUGCUGGCAGUUUGCAAAAUCAUAGCACUAUUGCAGGCGAAUAUUAAUUUUGAGCACUUGCUCCAGCCGCCCCCGCCCCCCCUUUCCACAAAUGGGGGGGGGAGGAUUUGGUGGUUUGUGUAUGGCGAGUCUGUUUUCUUUCAGCUCCUCAAGAACAGAGACGUCUUUAUGGCUAUCCUUUCAAGGAGGCUGAUGGCAGAAAGUUGGCAACAGGACAAGCCUGGUAGUCUGCAGGCGUUUACUGGAAACUGAGCACGACUCAGGCUGGGUGCAGGUUGGCCUCCGAACAGAGAUGGUAUAAAUGAGAGACUGAGAUGAAGCCAGACUGUGCCAAGCAUAAUGCAUCUGAUACCCGCCGUUCAGAUCGUCACUGUAGGCUUUGCUCACAUCUCAUUAAAGACCGCAUGGAUUAUCUGGCAGUCCGGUUAUCUCCGAUAUCUCUUUUAUCCGACUAUCGCCUCAUGCUGCAACUACCGGAGAAUCACCCUUCAACCCACCUCACCCGUAUGUCAACCCACACAUGGAGCACUACCUGCGAUCAGUCCACAGCAGCCCCACGCUCUCCAUGAUCUCUGCAGCACGUGGACUGAGCCCUGCUGACGUGACCCAUGAACACCUGAAGGAGCGGAGCUUGUUUGGCCUGCCCCAUCCUCCGCCAGGGACCAACCCUUCAGAGUACUAUCACCUCAUCGCCAGUCACCGCAGCCCUUAUGGAGACCUGCUCAUGCCGACAGCGGCCGCAGCUGCUCAUCUCCCUGACUACAUGAGCCCAGUGGACAUGUCCCGUUUCCCCAGUCCCAGACUGACGCCGAGGGUGAGCAGGAAGCGAGCGCUGUCCAUCUCUCCAGUCUCGGAUGCCAGCAUCGACCUCCAGACCAUGAUCCGCACCUCGCCCAACUCUCUGGUGGCCUACAUCAAUAACUCCCGCUCCAGCUCGGCUGCCAGCAGCUCUUACGGCCACCUCUCCGUCGGGGCCAUCAGUCCCUCCUUUACGUUCCCACAUCCUAUUACACCGGUUGCAUACCACCAGCUGCUGUCCCAACAGAGAGGUCUAAAUGCAUUUGGACACACUCCCCCUCUCCUACAGCCUUCUCCGUCCCUCAGCACCAGGCAGACAAUGGUGGCAGCAGCUGCUCUGACCAACAAUAAAAGCGCCGACACAAACACAGAGUCCAGCCAGAAUGCUGGUGGAGACCCGGCUGUCAGCAGCACGGUCAACCCUAUGAUCUUCAAGAGGUCAAAGGUGAAGACUGAAGCAGAUGGACCCCACCCCAUCUCACCUGGUUCUCAGGAUCACAUGGAGUUGCGAGAGGAACUUGACAAGGAUGAAUGCAAGCAAGAGCCUGAAGCCGUGUAUGAGACCAACUGCCACUGGGAAGGAUGUUCCAAAGAGUACGACACCCAGGACCAGCUAGUUCAUCAUAUCAAUAAUGAUCACAUCCACGGGGAAAAGAAGGAGUUUGUGUGUCGAUGGGAGGAGUGCUCACGAGAACAGAAGCCUUUCAAGGCCCAGUACAUGCUAGUGGUCCACAUGCGCCGACACACUGGGGAGAAGCCCCAUAAGUGCACAUUUGAAGGUUGCUCGAAGGCUUACUCUCGACUGGAAAACCUCAAAACUCACUUGAGGUCUCACACAGGGGAGAAACCUUAUGUAUGUGAGCAUGAGGGUUGUAACAAGGCGUUUUCCAAUGCUUCAGACCGAGCCAAGCACCAGAACCGCACGCACUCGAAUGAGAAACCAUAUGUGUGUAAGAUCCCAGGUUGCACAAAACGCUAUACAGACCCCAGUUCUCUCAGGAAACAUGUGAAGACCGUUCAUGGUCCAGAAGCACAUGUCACUAAGAAGCAGCGUGGUGAUGCACCACCUAAACCUCACCCUCCUAAAGGGAAUGGAGAAAAUGAGGCACACACAAAGCAUGCAAGGGGAAAAACAGACGGGUCAGGGGAAGCCAACAGCACCACCCGAGGAGUGGAGGAUUGCCAGCAUGUCAAAUCUAUCAAGACGGAAAACACAGUGAUGUAUCAGUCCAGCCCUGGUGGUCAGUCAUCAUGUAGCAGUGAGCCAUCGCCACUUGGCAGUGCCACCAACAAUGAUAGUGGAGUAGAGAUGGCCAUGCACAGUGGAGGCAGUUUGGGGGACCUGAGUGCUUUAGAUGACGUGCCUGUAGUAGAUUCUACCGGUUCUCCAGGUACUUCUGCAGGAGUGGGUCUCCAGCUGCGUAAAAACAGGGGAGGACUACUACAUCUUGAGAACAUCAAGAAGGAAAAACUAAAAACUGUAAGAGACCCAUGCUCCUGGGCGAAUGCAUCACAUCAAGUCCGAAAUACCAAGCUGCCUCCAAUACCCUCUAUUGACUCACUGCUGGAGACUUCAAAUAUGGGCAGUCAGAUGCUUGGACCUCCAACCCAACGUUUAGGAGACUUGUCUUCAUAUGAGAUGACAAUGCUAAAUCAGCUGCAAGAGCGCAGAGACAGCUCCACCAGCACAAUGAGCUCAGCAUACACGCUAAGCCGUCGGUCCUCCGGUAUUUCACCCUGCUACUCCAGUCGUCGCUCUAGCGAAGCUUCGCAAUUUGGCGUCCGCAACAACAACGUCAGCUCAGCAGACUCCUAUGACCCCAUCUCCACAGAUCUUUCGCGCCGUUCCAGUGAAGCUAGCCAAAGUGGUGGCACAGGUGGACUCACAAGUUUACUAAAUCUCACGCCGGCUCAACACUACCGUCUCAAAGCAAAAUACGCUGCAGCCACAGGGGGUGCGCCACCAACACCUCUGCCCAACAUGGAUCGCAUGAGUCUUCGAACUAGAAUGGCCCUGUACAAUGACUCGCAGGAAAGUUCGGCAUAUUUGCACCAUUCCCAAGGUGUAGUCAACUCAAGACGCUGUAGUGACACCGGCUGCGGCGCCCCUGGCAUGAUGCCUCACGAAGUUCCGGCCAAUCUUCCACGACGAGCAAGCGAUCCUGUUCGCCGUACAGCUAUUGACCCACUCUCCUUGCCGAGGGUUCAGCGAUUCAACAGCAUCAGCAACAUGACCCUGUCACGUCUGCCUGCAAUAGAUCGACGUACUUUCAACUUGCAGAGCAACACCUGGUCUGACGGCAGCUUGCAUCGUCAUCCCUUCAGCCAGAGGCCACCUAGUAUUUCAGAGAACGUUUUAAUGGAGAAUAUGGCCACUGAUGGUGAUCAGCAAGAAGAUGAUAUGGUGCUACCAGAUGACAUGGUACAGUACCUCAACUCCCAGAAUGUUAGCUCAAAUCAGGACCCAGGGAUUUCUGUCAACGGUGGUCAUGCUCUAGACUUCCAUGGUAAUAUGAUCUCCCAACAACAGUUCUACGGACAGCGGCGAAUGGGCAUGGCAAGCAACAACGGAAGCCAGGUAGAGCCUGUUUGCUCAGGUCCAGAGCAAAUGGCCGAUCCGCAAGGCAUGAACAAGAACAACAUGCCAGUGCAAUGGAACGAGGUCAGUUCUGGUUCUGUGGAUACAACUGCGAGGCUUCCAAAGCAGCAGCAACUCCGAGGGAACUUGACAGUGGUUCAGCAGAAGCAGAACUUUGCCUCUUACCAAGGCUUUGGCACUAAUCAGCAGAUUGUACCAAUGAGCCAGAAUCUGGCUAGCCUGCAACAGGGUUAUCUACAGAGGGCCACCCAAAGAAUGAACUCUGUCCAGCAGUAUCGGCAAUCUGUUACCAAUCCGUGUCAGAAUCUCGGCGAGCAAGUAAACCCUCAACCGGGAUAUCGGCAGGACCUCAAUUACAACUCCACUCACCGCCUAACAUGCAACGGCAUGGGUCCACCCAAUGGGAGAGCGGUGCAAAACCAGGAGAUGCAGAAUUACCGAUCAAACUUUUCACAUAUGAAUAACAUCAACCAGCAAAAUUAUGUCCCCCUUUCUCAGUCAGCCGUUCAGAAUGCAGGCAGAGGACUGAUACAGCCCAGACCUCCGUCCGAGCCCAAAACUUUAAAUAGGCAGCACUCAGGUUCAGCAAUGAUUCAGCAAAAUGGUUGCUCCCUGUCCAACGUCAACUCCUCAGAAGCUAGCCCAAAGAGACCAGGUGACUUCGGUCAACACAGCAAUGGGAAUGGCACUAUGUACUAUUCAGGAGAGAUCCAUAUGUUGGACAAUAGUGUGGAUUAUGGUUCUCCCGUGUCUCCAUGCGCAAACCAAGCCCCUGUUGCUUCAGUGUCUACAAUGGCGUCUCCUGGGGUUAACCAGGUCACCAGCACAGUGGACUCCACUCAAACCCUCGAGCACACUCAAAUAGACUUUGAUGCCAUUUUGGAUGACGGAGACCAUUCGAGCCUAAUGUCUGGCACAUUAAGCCCGGGCCUUCUGCAGAGUCUUUCACAGAAUUCCUCACGGCUCACCACCCCGCGUAACUCUGUUACGCUAGCCUCGAUACCGGCAGGUAUUGGCAACAUGGCCAUUGGUGACAUGAGCUCAAUGUUAACAGCCCUUGCAGAGGAAAGCAAAUUCUUAAACAUGAUGGCUUGAGAAUUAAAGAAGUUAAUCAGGGGUUGCUUUUUGAUGUAAAGACAUUGAACAAUUAAAUGAAACAGAAUACAAUAACCUGUUUAAGAACACUAAUUCAUGCUCUAAGGGGAGGAAAAACAUGUUUAUGCAUUUUUUUUUUUCAUGAGCAAAGGCACUGAAAUGCAAUUUCUGACGAGUUAAACUUACAGAAUUUCAGGUGAACAGUCAUUUACAUUAUCAGACAUUUGCUAACACAACUGUUGUAUGCAACUAGGCUGGCAAAGACCUCAAGAUUACAUGUUUCACAAGCCAUAUGUUCGAUGUAAGUAUGUUUGUUAAUGCAUAUUAGUGUACAUCAGGGUAAUGGUUAUUGGGCUUGUGUAAGUCUGAUUUUCCCUUUCUCAGCAGUGCACUGAAAUUCACUAAGUGCCUCACUUAAAAGAACAUAAGUAUGUUUUUAAACUCAUAUAAUGCUAUGUAAUCUGGUAUGUAGCUAUACUAAUAGAUUUAUGGAUAUUUUUAUUGCAUUUUGCUCUGUUUUGUUUAUAGUUAUCCCAUAUCCUUCAUGCUUUAAAUUAUGUGUAAUGCAUAUUAACUGCACAAGCUUGUUCAGUGUGCACAGUGCUCUGAUGUACCCCCUUGUCACUUCUGUGGGUAUUAUAAAAAACUGGCGGAAAAUGAAUUUCUGCUCAAUUCCUCAAAGAUGGUCAAUUUCAUCUAUAUUGACGGAUUCCCUUGAAGCACGCUCCAGGAGUUACAGAUCUCUCUAGUUGCAUCUGAUCCGGCUGUGUGAUAGUGAAGGACAGCAUUACGUCUCUGAGCUUCAGUCUGCGGAGGCCUGUCAACCCGUGCGUCCUUUGAGAUGUCUUAAAAGGAAUAUGCAAGUACUCUGUGUGCUCUCAGCGGAGAUCGCAUCCCAAUUAACAGGUUCAUCACCCUCUUGAGCUUGUGAUGAACCACAGGCGCAUACUAAAAUGACUUCUGCCUUUGAUUUAGUACUGUUACAAGAAAUUUCCACCAAGGACAGAGCGAUUUUGAAGGUCUGAACACUCAGAGUUCUUCGUUGUUGUUUUUUUUGUUUUUUGUGAUGCCAUUUGCAGAACUCAACAUAUGUAUAGCUUUUGUACAUUUUCAAUACAGCAUCUUCAUUUCUGUUUUAACACUGGGUUGG